AUUUACAAUUAUAUACAUAGCAAAGUGAUCAAAUCAAUUGGUCAGGGAGUAUUGAAGGAAUAUAUAUAUGGUAUCCAUGUGGAUGAGGAAGUAAAUGUUGUGUAUGUAGGAGAAUGGAAUAAUGGUUGUGUGUUCAUUUUUUACAUUGAUGAUGGUCGUGUGAUCAACCAGAUAGGUUCAAAGGGCGUACAAGAUGGUCAACUUAAUAGAGUCACUGAUGUUACUCUUACAAGUAAAGGACAUCUUCUUGCAUUGGAUAGUAAAAGAUUACAACUAUUUAAUAAAGAGGGAAGUUUUGAGAAAGUCCUCGUUAAAGCAGGUGAUGAGGAUGGUAAGGUGAGACAUCCACAUGGAGUAGUAGUUGAUGAGGAUGACAACAUCAUUAUAUCAAGUAAAAACAAACUACAGCUAUUCAAGAGUGAUGGAAAGUUUAUUAAAAGAAUUGACAAACCAGAAGAUAGUAUCAACAAUCCUCAUGGACUAUCCAUCAUUCCACAUCAUCCAAGGAGACUUGCAGUAGCAAAUGGUGGUGACAAAACCGUAAAAAUAUUAAAUUAUUAAAUAAAACUGAUAGUCGCUGUACAAAUGUUCUUGUGUUACUGUUAUAUCUGCAUCAAAUUUGAAUAUUGGCAUACAGUAUCAAUAGUAAAACUCUUUCAUUACAAAAUCUUUUAAAUAAAAUUAAUCAUGUUUGCAGGAUUAUUAUCAAUUUAGUGAUACAAAAUAUUACCAACUUAAUUUUAUCUACCCAAAUUUGGCUUUAAAAUGGUUCCUAGACUCCUGUAUAGAUAAAAAAUCGGGGCUUAAAUAUGUAUAGUAAUUGAUUUUCCAACAAUAACAGACUGACAGGGAUCAAUAUCUAACCUAUUUGGAAGAGGUAAUAGUGUAUUACACUUUACAGUUGUAAAUAGUAAAUCAUUGUAGCAUCUCUUACCCUUUAAUUUUACCUUUUAGAAAAUGUUUUAAAUGACUUACUAAAGCGUGUUUACUUGACUUUCUAUUUUGCACAUUGGCUUUUAAAAUAAUGUACAACAAAGAAUGUGUUUAUUGGUGAGCAUUUUCUACAAUGUAACUGAUUUUUUACAAUACAUUUUUAAAUUAACAUUGUGAAAUGUGUUUAAUGUAAUAACUAUAGUUUUAAGUAAUUCAAAUUUACUUGGUUUGCACCAAAAUAGCAAAUACAAGAUUCAUAUCAGCUGGUUUAUAAUUGAUAUUUAAUGUAUUUUUUGUUUUAUUAAAGGUUUCAACUUAAUUUGAACAUUAUAUUUUGAUAAUAAUAAUCUCCAUGAGUAACAGGUAGUUGAUUUUAUUGGUAGAUAAAAUGUGUUCUGUUUGUUGUUGUGGUAUCUAGCAAAGCAGUAAGUUCACGUAAAACAUGUUAAAGUUGACUUACUGUAUAAAGUGUUCAGAAAGAAUCUUAUGAAUAUUUAUGAGAGAGUUCUUUUACAGAAUUAAUUGAGACUAAUUACAGUAAAGAAUAAAAAUAAGAGAAUUUAUACUUGUAUUUCUAAAUGACAAGCAUUUUCAAUUAUUGAAAGCUUUGGCUUUAUUGAAAAUGUAUUAAUUUUUUGGAUAUCAGCUACCAAUAAGAUUUUCAUAAUGUAAAAUUCAUUCUUCCCAAUUGUUUGCUCUUUUAUACAGAAAAUAAUUAAUUGUGUGUAACUGUUUAUUAACUGUGUAUUACAAUCUUUUUUAAGUCUAUUACACUGUAUUGAUAUCUUUAUUUGUACAUUUUAUCUCAAUUAUGCUUUCUGGUACCAUAAUAUUUUAAAUAAGAAAACAAAAUUAUAUUAUAUUAUAUAUAUAUUAUAACAUAAAAACGAAAGGUUCACUGAUUAAUCUCAGAGAAGAUAUCAUAAUACAUACCCCAAGUAUCAAAAUGCACGCCAUCGUGUCGGAAUGUAAUAUUUCAACAUUAAUUAUGUCAUCGUAGUCAUUCCUGACAAUGCAUACCUGUGGUAUAAGCUUUUAAACUUUAGUGACAAUUAUGUGUCCAGUUACAAAAAUCUGUUAUAAAAUUUCACUGAAUUUUGA